AUGCGGCUCCCCUCUCUGCCGAACCCCCACCCUGCUCGUGUCCGCCCGUGCAACGACGCCGCAGACGACCUUGUGCCAAGCGGCAUUGCAGCGCUCCCGCUCAUCUUACUCGACGAGAUGCGGUCGCGCACCCUUCUAUCGCGCGCGCUCUCCCGACUACUCACUCCCCGGCCUGUGCGGCCGCAAAAGCGUGCACCCAUCCGCCGCACACCCACCCUGCCACCUAACCAUAUGCACCCAUCACUACCCUCGGCGCCAUUCGCGGCCUCGCUCUCCAGAGCUUCCAAGCGCGGAUCAGCAUCCUGUGCAAGGUACGCCUGCUGCCGAUCUUCCUCCGUUCACUCCUUUGACCUGGUCGCACACGCACACGCGCACACACUCACGCACGCGCAUACAUACACAGGAUCACAUUUGCCUGCUCCAGCACCGUCUCAGUCGAUAUCAUCAACAAUACCUCUGCAUCCCCUUUGCCUUCCUCGCCUCCCUCUCCCUGACCCUGCCCGCCCUCCGCACACAGCCGCGGCCCGCAGCCCGCGAGCGCUGGCAGCAGGCCCCGGAGCAUGGACCGUCACGCGCGAGGGGUCUAGUCCAUGCGCGCGGGCCCGCGUGUCAGCGCAGGACCUUGCUGGGCAGCGGCAGGUGCCAGCAUACAUCGCGAUGAGGUGGUGUCAGCGUAUGGAGUGGCUCCAGGACUACGCACGAGUCUGCGAGUCUUACCUCCCCACCACCGUUCCCCUGGUCUCCUCACUCUCAAAACCUGCUCUCAAGGCCAACCUUGGCCUCGAGGCAAAGGUUGACGCAGAGCGCGCAGCCCAUAUUGAUGCCAAGGCCUGCCGCCGCAACCUUUCACAGACGCUUGGGCAGACAUUGGUGCGCAGCUCUCUCUUCCUCUUCCACUCCUUUCUCCUUCUCCCUUCCCCUCUCCUUCUUUUUCCCGCUGUCCCUGCCUUGCUGACUGGCACCACAGCAAUGGAGUCGCGAGACACUGACACCAACAACGACGAAGUGGCGGACAGCAGCGGUGCAGAUGGAGGGCAGGAUGACACCAUGUUCGACACGUAG